GGUAAUUUGUUAUGCAGCAAUGGAAAACUAAUACACUUGCCUAAUAUCCAUUCUCUCCUUAUUCCUCAGCAACAGAGACUCUAUUUUAUUUGGGAUACUAACAUGCCCAGCUAAAAUCAUGCUGUUUCUAAUCUCUCAUUAAGUCUGAUGUGACCAUAUGACUGAGUUCAGGCAGAAAAGAAGUAAGCAGAAGUGUUGCAUGGAACUUCUGGAACGUUCCUUAUAGGGAGAUAUCUCACUGAGAAAUGUACCUUUUGUUUUCCUUCUUCCUCAUUCUUGCCGCCUAGAAUGUGGAUGUGAUGACUGGAAUUCCUGCAGCCAUCUUAGAACAUGAAGUAACUUUGAGGUUAGAAAUCAUACUCUAGGAAACAGAAAGGAAGAAGGAAUAUGAGUCCCUGAUGUGCACUCAGCAGCCAUACCAACACUGGACUCCUUACCUCCAGACUUACUUUAAGUGAAGAAGAAAUAAUCUGUUAUCUUGUUUACACUAUUGUUAUUUUGGAUUUUCCCUUAUGUGCACCCAAAAUAACCCUAACUCGUAGAGGACUCAGGGCUCUCUUAGCCAUGCACAUCCUCUCAUUUAUCACCAACCCAUGUCCCUCUUCCAAACAAUACUCAAACUCUCACACAGGAGCAAUCUUUGAGUUUGAUUUUUACAUUUUUCAAUCUCUUUAAGCUUUCCACACCUCCUCACAAUCCUUGCAUUCCUCAUUCUCUUUAUACUGAUCUCUGACAGUCCCCCAAGUCUGUGCUCUCAAUGGACACUUCAUUCCAGGUGCCACUAGUAAUAAACUGAUGAGCUGUUUUGCCCCUGAAUGCCACUCCAUCUCUGGAUUUCCACUAACUCUAGUCCCAACAAAGCCACACAACUAUUCCCAGAUUCCAACUAGUACCCUGAGAGUUUGAUGCCCUCAGCCAAUCUAGUACCAAUUUCUUUAUCAAUCAGUCAUUAGUUACAAGCAACAGAAACUAACUUCAUCUUAUUUAAGCAAAAUAAAAUUUUAUGUUAAACAUAUUACAUUUAUAAAACAUAUCUCAGGGGAUUGCUGAAAUGACUGGAGGACCAAAUACAGAGCCACACAACUAGAAACAAUGCCCUAAAUUAAGCUGCAUUGUUGUCUCCAUGAGGACAGCCCCAUCACCACUGCCCCUUGCACAGCUGGCAUGGUUGGCACUGAACCCUCAAUGCUGCCCAAAACAAGCUAUGUCGGGGCCCUGCUGCACCUAGAACUAGAUCUUGCUGUAAAGCCAUUUCCCCUGGAGAGAAUUCUUAUGGUCACUGAGUGCUCACUUCCUUAGCUACAGAGUCAUUAGCUUAGGCUGUGAUCAAGGUACAUGCUUGGCUGAGAAUAGGUCAGGUGUCUGCACUCUGGUUUUAAGGGAAGUUCAGAGAGUAUCUGACAUCUAUUAGUUAGGGAAUUCCCCUAACAUAGGAAGUGGUUUCAGAUGCCAGAUGUCAAAAAAAAAUGCCAACUUUUUCCUACUCUCAGGCCAGGGUGCCAAGAAGGACUGGGAGAAUCACACUUCCCUAAUUUCUCUAGAUCUUCCCAAAUAUUCCCAUUAUCACCUGUCAAACAGUCAAUGUUUCCUAAUCAAUGCAUUCACUCUAGAAUGUGGCAGAGAACUUGGCUAUAACCAAUCUGCAGAUCACAUGGCUAUCCUCCUGCAGCAGCCUCAGAUUGCUGGCCAUGGGCAGAGGCUUCCUUACCAGAGUUACAAAUUGUCAUGCUGUUCCUCAUCUGCUUGUCCCCUCUUAAACCCCUUCCCAAGGUUGCCAGAUGUGAAUUAUUUUACCACUUUUCUACUUAAUCCUCUGCAGUUACAACCACAGGGCAAUGGGGAAAGUUGAGGUCAAGCUCUAAGAGACAACAUGCAGUAGUUUUCCCAGUUACUUCAUUAUCACCUAACAAGGACAUCUCAUUUCCAGGCUCAGAAUGGAGGGAUUCUCACUGCAUCCCACCCUAUAUCAACAAGGCCAGUUCCUUUUUUAGGGUCUGCUGUUUGCAUCACUGCAUACCUUAUACCUAUUUUUUAUUUGAAUCUCUUUGUUUGGAAGUGACAGAAAUCCAACUUGAAAUAGAUUAAACAUAAAGAAGACUGUAUUGGGUAACAAAAUCCAAUAAAGGGCUGAAGAACUAAUUUGCACAAAGCGUAAGGAUGUCUCAGGAAUAACUGGAACUAGGCUCUUAAAUUCUAACAUAAGUCUCUAUAUCUUUUGCCUCAGCUUCUUAUUUAUUCUUUCUUCACUCCAACCACCUUCCUUCUCUUCAUGUUGGGGAACAUGGCUGCAAACAUUUCCUGAGCUUUACAUUUAUAGUUUUCACCAUUCAAAAGAGAAUGACUGGUUUCUCAAUUCAAAUAAGAAAAAAAUGGUGAGAAAGGGUUUUAUUGACCCAUCUUCAAACAGGUACCCACACCUGGACCAGUUAUGGCUGAGGGUAGGAUUAUGUAAGAACAGUGGUUCCGUGGGUAGCCAUGUUUGGAGGAGGAUGUUUGGAUGGAGGAGACAGUUCCCAAGAGAAAAGUUGUGCUGGGCUAACCACACUACAGAUGUCCACGAUGGUGGCCCUGAGGCAAGUCCUUUCUCAUGCACAAAAGCUUGAAUAAGCUUAUCAAUGUAUGGCAUGUUUGGUAGGAUCAAACCCUUUUUUCCCCCUUCCCUUUUUAAAAAAAGAGCCAUCUUGUCUCACCUUCUAUGUACCAUUCUCUUGCCCAGACAACUAAAACAUUCUAAGGAGAGCCUCCCCAUAAGUUAAGUGCCUAUGUGCCCACCAGAUCGGAAGAUCCUUAAAGAAAGCAACCAGGAUUAAUUUAUCGCCAUGUGUCGACUGCCCCAUGAUUCCAUCAUAGAUCAGACACUCAAGAAAUAGUUGUAGAACUGAGUUAAGAUCUCUUCUCACUCUUCAGCGAUCUCUGAGAACUGAACAUUUUAGAUGUUUAGGAUCCCUGGAAAGGCCUAAUGCUAGAAGCUAAAAAUAAAAGUGGAAAUUAAUAGAAGACCGGGUAACUUAAGGUAGUGGUGGGAAGAAAAAAAAUAGUCAGUAAGGGUUUUCCCCAUAACAGAGAGAUGAACAAGAGACUACAGGUUAUGAUAGACAGGUUGGGAAUAUACAGUUAAUAUAUUUGCCUCCAACCUUCCCUGGACCCAAAAUUAUAGCAGGAGAGAAGAGCGAUUGGGAAGAACAUUGCUGAUGGAGUUGGUAGAUAUAUGGGGGUGAAAGGAAUUUUAAGGUCCUUAAGCAGGACCAGAAAUGUGCUAACUUUUCACUGAUAGAUAAGCUCCAUCCUUUAUUAGAAGGUCGACAUGGAUGUCUAAUCAAGCUUGGCUUCUAAUCAUAGUUGUACAGUGAUGACACUGAGGACAUUGCUUCAGAGAGUGAGAAGAUGCAUUUCAAAGGACUCCUCUCUGGGCAUCAGUUUCUUCAUCUGCAAAAAUUAAGGGGUCAGGCUGGGUAACUCUGCAGGGCCCUGAUAUCUUCUGAAAUCUCGAAGGUAGAAGUGAUGCUGUGAUGCAAAGACAGGAGUCCAUGCCCAGAUUAUAUGUCCAGAUAUGGGAAGGCCUAUGAUGUGCAGUGAUGCCAUAGACAUCGUGGGUAGGCUGCAGAGAAAGUGAUCAACAUGAGGACACAGCUCUGCCCUGAGACCUUGUACUUUAUUGCAAAUACUUCAACAAGGUGAGUAACCAAAAGAGAGGGAGGUACUGUGGGACACCCAACCUAGUCUAGGGGUAUCAGGGAAGGCUUCCAGGAAGCAGUGACUUCCAAGUUGAUACCCAGUGGACAAACAAGCGUCAACCAGGUUUUGGCUUGCUUUUUGGCGAGGGAUGGGGGGAGUGUGGUGGGAUGGAGACUGGAAUGAACAUUCCAGCCAGAGAGAAGAGCUCUGAACUAAAAGAUCAAUGUGUGAGGGCUGCAAAGAAAACCACGGUGAGGAGGAAGCAGACUGGAGCACUGGCAUGGAGGACAUUGUGGGCCAGAAUGGAUUUGAUCCUGAGGGCAAUGGAGAGCCAUGGGAGGUCUAAGGAAGAGAGCAGUGGCACUGUCUGAUUUCCCAAUUGUGAGAUCACUUGGGUCCCUGGGUCAAGGUAGAGAGGUACACCUCCCACACCAGUGGAGAGAACAUUUUGAAUCAGUUUUGCUCUCAGUUUUAGAAGCUUAGACCUAAAAACAAUUAGAGAAAAUACCUCAAAGAAACACCCUGAAAAGGAGUGGUUACAGAAAGGGGGAUAGGUGUCCUUGUGUUAAGCAAAGAAUGAGUGGCCAGGGAAGUGAAUCACCUGAGGGUGGGCAUGCUCCCCACUGUGCUGGUAAGCUGGGGGGAGGGAUUCCAGGAGCCGUCUCUCAACCCCCGAGGACUCUGGUUGGUGACAAGGGGGCCCCCCUGCCUUCUUGCUGGGUCUCCACUUCUCCACCUGCAAAACUUGCCAAGAUUGGGUGCAGGAGGCUGGGGGUUGGGUGGGAAAGCUGCUAAAUCCUCCUUAGGUGAGCUGCGGGGGUGGAAGAGUUCUCUAGUCUCUUCUCCUGGAAAGGAUUCUGUAUCCUGUGGCCCCACAGUAUGGAGGCCAAUGGCUAAGUCCGUGGAGCGCGUCUGUGGCCAAGUCCAGACUGAGUCUAGGUGGUUUUCCUGAAGAAGAAAAAGGCCUCUGCAGGAGGGGGUGGAAGCUGAGAAAGAGUGAAGGGGUCAUUUGGUUACUCCCCAGUCUUGACAUUCAUCACACACACACACACUCUGUGCCGAGGGUGCUGGGGACCAGAGACUCACACCCAGCAGCAGCGGGGAGAGGGGCUGAACUGUGGGACCUGGGGGAGGGGAGAGGCAGGCUGGGCCUUGAAGGUGCAGGGCAGGGUCCUGUGGCCUUCAGGACAAGUUAGGAGAGAGGCAACCCUCCCCCUCUGCAGCUUCACACCGCGCCUCCACUACAGUCCUUCUGCCCGCUGGGCGCUCCAGCUGGUGGGUCUCGGCUCUCCAAAGGCUCUUUCUCUCCGCCCCUUAGCCUCUGUUCCUCUGUUGUGUCUGUCCCUGGCCUUGUCUCACUGAGACUGACCCUCCGUGUGUGUCUGUCUCACUAUCACUGCCCUGUUUUGUCUCAUCUCUCUCUUCAUCUCCAUCACAAUCCUUCUUUCCAACCGUGUCUCUUCCCUGUGUUUUCUGUCUCCAUGCCUGCCUCACUUGCUUUCUCUGUCCCCCUCUCAUCUCUCUCUUAUCUUUGUCUCCUCUAUCUCUGCCUUGUCCCACCUCCUUCCCUUCCUUCCUCUUGUACAUGUUUCACCUUUGUCGCCACCUCUGUCCCUGUCUCCCUCUUGCCGCCCCCCCCCCCCCCGCCCACGUCUCCAAUCUAUCUCUCUCGUCCAUGUCUCAUCCUUAUCUCCAUCUGUGUACCUGUAUCUCUCUUGUCCCUUUCUCCAUCUUUCUCCAUCACUGUUUCUGUCCCUUUCUCACCCUGUCUCCGUCUCUGUCUCCUCUCUUCAUCCACAUCCUCUGUCCCCAUCUCAGGCCCCGUCUCUUCCUCGUCCUUGUCUUCAUUCCCCCUCCUGAGCCAUCUCCGUGGUCCCUUCCGGGAUGGGACCUCGCUGGGGGCGGGGCCGAGGGACUGGAUCGGAAUAACUCGGUUAUCAGGACGAAUUGAAUUAACUUCUUCACACGAGCGCCGCCGGGCCUGUUUCCCCUCCCUUCUGCGGGGCCGCAGGUGGAGAGGCCAGGGAGAGGGGUCGGGACCCUACGGCUGGGCACGAUGCAUAGACUGAAGGUCUGGUCCGGAUUGGGGCGGGAUGGGGGACUCUAGGGAUGGGGCCCCGCGCAGCCUGCCCUGAACAUCCCGAGCUCUAAGAGGGCGGCGGCGACCCUUUGGGGUGGGGGUCGGGGGCGGCUGGGGGCGGGGCCUUGGCCGUCCAGGCCCCGCCCCGCCGAGCUCGCCCCGCCCCGCCCCCUCCUCGGGGUCCUACGCGUUAAAAGGCGCGCGGGCCGGGUUGGGCUGCACUUGCGUUGCACCGGGGCGGAGCGCGGCCGCGACGGGGCGGGCGGACUCGCGAGCUCUGAGAGCCGGCCUCGGGUCCUCGGCCCCUGGCGCUCCAACCCCCAUCUUGACCCCCACCCGGCCCGGGACACCAACUCCGACCCGGCCCGGCCCGGCCCCCGCCCCCGCCCCCCGGGCCGAUGGACUACUCCUACCUCAAUUCGUACGACUCGUGCGUGGCGGCCAUGGAGGCGUCCGCCUACGGCGACUUCGGCGCCUGCAGCCAGCCCGGCGGCUUCCAGUACAGUCCCCUGCGGCCCGCCUUCCCCGCGGCCGGGCCUCCCUGCCCCGCGCUCGGCUCCUCCAACUGCGCGCUUGGCGCUCUACGCGACCAUCAGCCUGCGCCCUACUCGGCAGUGCCCUACAAAUUCUUCCCGGAGCCGUCGGGCCUGCACGAGAAGCGCAAGCAGCGGCGCAUCCGCACCACGUUUACCAGCGCGCAGCUGAAGGAGCUGGAACGCGUCUUCGCCGAGACUCACUACCCCGACAUUUACACGCGCGAGGAGCUGGCGCUCAAGAUCGACCUUACCGAGGCUCGCGUGCAGGUCUGGUUCCAGAACCGCCGGGCCAAGUUCCGCAAACAGGAGCGUGCGGCCAACGCCAAGGGUGCGGCGGGCGCGGCGGGCGCCAAAAAGGGUGAGGCGCGCUGCUCCUCUGAGGACGACGACUCCAAGGAGUCCACGUGCAGCCCCACGCCCGACAGCACCGCGUCGCUGCCGCCGCCGCCGCCCGCGCCCGGCCUGGCCAGCCCGCGCCUGAGCCCCAGCCCGCUGCCCGCCGCCCUGGGGUCCGGACCUGGAGCCGGGCCGGGGCCACAGCCGCUCAAGGGCCCGUUGUGGGCCGGCGUGGCGGGCGGUGGGGGCGGCGGACCGGGCGCGGGCGCGGCGGAGCUGCUUAAGGCUUGGCAGCCGGCGGAACCCGGACCAGGGCCCUUCUCGGGGGUUCUGUCUUCCUUCCACCGGAAGCCCGGCCCCUCCCUGAAGACCAAUCUCUUCUAGCUGCCGGCCUCUAGAGGCUCCGGGCCUGCCGCCUGAGACGCCCCUGCCCCUCCAGGAUCUGACAGAGUCCCUCCUCAUCCUGGCCACCUGCCUGAUGUCCCCAUCUGUCCCACCCCCCACCGUGCCUGACACCUAUGUGUGCCCUCCCCAGCUUUGGAGACCAAGUCAGGGCCACUCUCAUCCUCACCCACCCCUACUCAGUGGAGGGGGGUACUUUUCACUGGGAUGCCCUCCAGGAGAGCCCAGAACCCCUUCUAGCCUGGUAUUCUUCAGAACCGGAAUCAAACAACACCUGCCCCUAACACAGUGCCCAAAGGUGACUCCUCAAACGGGGACAGCCUGGCUUCCUCCCCUGCCCCUGUAGCUGGCUGGGUCACUCAGCUUGGAGAGCAGUCUGCUGCUCCAGCCCUUGGGCCCACCCACACUGACCCCACCCGUGCAAAGGCUGGUCGUCAUUGGGAUAACGAGUGGCCUGAAGGGUCCCACCACCAAUUUCACCCUCAUGCAUCCCCUCCCAUCCCCAGCCGGUCUGGCACAGAGGGCAGGCCCGUUAGAUGAGUGGAGGAGCUGCCAGGGCAACGGGAUGGAGGGGCUUCCUCGUUCCUGUUUUUUUGUCAUUGUUGCUGUUGUUGCUCUUUUCCUUUGAAAAACCUGUAAUUUAUUGAGGUGAGUUUUGCUCAAUCCAAAUAAAACUUAAUUUAUUGAAGACAGCA